AAAUAAUAAAUCAUGCGUGAGGUAAUUUCCAUUCAAAUCGGUCAGGGUGGCAUUCAAAUUGGCAAUGCCUGUUGGGAAUUGUAUCUACUCGAGCAUGGUAUAAAUCGUGAUGGCACCGCCAAAACCAAAGAAGAAAUGCUAGCCAGUGGCUGUUCAGCUGGUGUUGUGGGAUCUGAAGGACAAUCCAACUGCACCAAUGAUGCGCGUACCUUUUUCUCAGAAACUGGUUCGGGCAAACAAGUACCCCGAUCGAUAUUUGUGGAUUUAGAACCGACCGUCAUCGAUGAUGUACGCAAUGGUCCGAUGCGUGGUCUCUAUCAUCCGGAACAAUUGAUUUCGGGUAAAGAGGAUGCAGCCAAUAAUUAUGCUCGUGGUCACUAUUCGAUUGGCAAGGAAGUUAUCGAUAAUGUCACAACACGCAUUCAAAAGAUAGCCGAACAGUGCGACGGCCUACAGGGUUUCUUGAUAUUUCACAGCUUGGGUGGUGGUACAGGUUCCGGUUUUACUUCGCUGCUCAUGGAACGACUGUCAAUGGAGUUUAGCAAGAAAUGUAAAUUAGACUUUGCUGUCUAUCCAUCACCGAAGGUGUCUACAGCUGUUGUAGAACCCUAUAAUGCCUUGUUGACCACUCACUCCACGUUGGAACAUUCCGAUUGUGUAUUUAUGGUCGACAAUGAGGCUAUCUAUGAAAUCUGUAAAAAUAGUCUGAAUGUAGAUCGUCCAGACUAUCGAAACUUAAAUCGUUUAAUUGCCCAGAUUGUGAGCUCUACAACGGCCUCGUUACGUUUCAGCGGUUCCAUGAAUGUCGAUCUGAAUGAGUUCCAAACGAAUUUGGUACCUUUCCCACGUAUACAUUUCCCAUUGGUGGCGUAUGCCCCUCUAAUGUCGGCCUCUAGAGCUUCGCAUGAACAGCAUGCCAUUACCUCGCUAACAAAUGCCUGCUUCGAAUCCGGUAACAUGAUGGUGAAAUGUGAUCCACGCGCUGGCAAAUACAUGGCCUGUUGCAUGUUGUACCGUGGCGAUGUGGUGCCCAAGGAUGUCAAUGCAGCCGUCUCGGCCAUCAAAUCGAAACGACACAUUCAAUUUGUCGACUGGUGUCCUACCGGUUUUAAGAUCGGCAUCAAUUACGAGAAACCCGCCUUUGUACCCGAUGGUGAUUUGGCGCCAACAAACCGAGCCGUCUGUAUGUUAUCGAAUACAACGGCCAUAGCUGUGGCCUUCAGUAAUCUCUGCUACAAAUUCGACUUGAUGUUCAAAAAGCGUGCCUUUGUCCAUUGGUAUGUGGGCGAGGGUAUGGAGGAGGGUGAGUUCACCGAAGCGCGAGAAGACUUGGCGGCAUUGGAACGAGAUUUCGAAGAAGUCGGUACCGAUGAUGCCGAACAGGGUGGCGAGGGCAAUGAUUACGAAUACUGAUCAACACUGUUGAAUACUGUGGACGGACAAG